AUGACUCAUUUCGUUGGUGUUGACUUUAAUUCAUUAUAUCCUUCAUCAUUUUCAUCUAAUCCUCAUGAUUUCAUUCAAUAUACUGACCAUAAAAUGUAUAUGCCGGGAAGAUUGAAUGGAGUUAUCAUUUGUGAUACAGCAACAAAGAAAGCAAAAGCACUGGGAAUAAUUAAGAAGAAAAAUACUUUAUUCGUGGCUGAAGUAAAGGGUCACAUCGAUGAAAAAUACAUUAAUGAUUACAUUAACUUUUUACCGAUAAUAAGAAACUUAGAUAUUAUCACAGAUGAAAAAACAAUUGGCAGUUUUAUGUAUAAUUACAUGAAAUCAAACAAUCUACCAGUUGACCAGAAACAGAGGAAAUUAACUCAGUUAGCAUCAACACACAACCAAUAUCAACCAUUUUCUUCUUAUUAUCUUUGGUAUCUAAUCGACAGGUUUAAUUUUAUCAUUGAUGACAUUCAAUCAAUUUUAACAUUUACGAAAAACACUUGUUUUAAUGAAUUUGCGAACGAAUUUAUGAACGAAAGACAAAAGGCUGAAUUAGAAGGAAAUAAAGGAAAAAGUUUAUUUUGCAAAAUUUCACUUAAUGGAUCAUAUGGUUACGAUGCAAUGAAUACACAAAAUUACGCAAAGACUAAAAUAAUGAAUGCACAGAAGGCACGCGUUGCAUGUAUGUCAAAUAAGUUUAAAAACAUAAGAGAAAUAGGAGAGGAUACGUAUCAAGUGAUGCUCAAAGAUAGAUUUUAUAGAUGUGAUACAUGUUUACAAGAGGUAUUUUUUACUUUAGAUAACGCAAAAUACUGGUAUUUAGUUUUCAUUUAUGAUUUUAUGUAUAAAUGCAUGGAUGUUAAUCGUUUUCAUUUCAUUGAAGGUGAUACCGAUUCAUCUUAUUGGGCUAUUGCUGGCGAUCCAAGUCUUCCUAACACUCAAGCAUUUCAGGCGAUUGUAAUCGAUAAAAAAUUUUAUGAUAAAAACAUUUUCAAAUUCGCACCUUUUAAUUUCUUCUGUUUUGAUGAGAAAUUUAAACCUAAAUUAAAGAAUAAAGCUGAAGAAAAAGCACAUGAGAAGAAGUUAUUGGGUUUAGCAAUUGAGAAACAAGGUGAUAACAUGGUGGCGUUAUGUCCUAAAUGUUAUACUUCAUUCAACGGUUCAAUUGAUGGAAGUGAUUUUAAAAAGAUUGCACAAAAAAUGAAAGGUGUUAGUUUACGACAAAAUAGGCAAUUAACACCUAAAAAUUAUUUGGAUAUAAUAAAUGAUAAAGUUAUUUUCGAUGGUCAGAAUAUUAAUUUACAACUUAAAAACGGGUCAAUGACUCGCUUAACAAUCGGUAAGACUGCAUUAACAGGGGCACACACUAAGGCUGUAUGUUGUGAAAAUGGAUGUUGUAUGCCAUUUAUUUAA